UUGAGAAAUCGUCUGCCGUUCUUCGACCGUCUUCUAUGAAAAAUAGUGUAACUGUUAGUCGUGUAUUAUAAUUAAACCACAACAGAAAAAGUGAAAAGUAUUACCAACCAGCGCACGAAGCCUCAGCGCAGCUUGAGCUAGGCGAGGGUUGUUCGAACGGGAAGAGCUCGCGGCAAAUCAUCCCUCGAAUCAGCUAAGCUUGCCAGCUCUAAGUGUCCACAGAGGCAAACUGUGCUGCGUACUCAACGUACGCGCAAGCAUCUGAUCAUAAUUGAGACCGACGGAGCCGCGGCCAAAAUGUCGGGUGACCAGAAAACCCUCAUCAAGGGAAACCCAUCCCAGUACGUGAAGCUGAACGUUGGCGGAUGUUUGCACUACACGACGAUUGGGACGCUUUGCAAGCAGGAUACGAUGCUCCGUGCUAUGUUCAGUGGCCGUCUGGAGGUGCUUACCGAUUCUGAAGGUUGGAUAUUAAUCGAUCGUUGUGGGUUACAUUUUGGAACUAUACUAAACUUCCUGCGCGACGGCAGUGUGGCGCUUCCGGAAACUACGAAAGCUAUCGCAGAUUUGCUAGCGGAAUCGAAGUACUACUGCAUCGAGGAACUAAUUGAAGCGUGUGAGAAAGUGCUCGCCAAAAAGGAACGCGAAUCGGAACCGAUCUGCCGUGUGCCAUUGAUAACGUCACAGAAGGAGGAACAGUACCUGAUCAGCACCGCCACCAAGCCGGUGGUGAAGCUGCUGAUCAAUCGGCACAACAAUAAGUACUCGUACACAAACACCUCGGACGACAAUCUGCUGAAGAACAUCGAACUGUUCGACAAGCUCUCGUUGCGUUUCAGUGGGCGUGUGUUCUUCAUCAAGGAUGUAAUCGGCUCGAGCGAGAUAUGCUGCUGGUCGUUCUAUGGCAACGGCAAGAAGGUGGCGGAGGUAUGCUGCACCUCGAUCGUGUACGCCACCGACAAGAAGCACACCAAGGUGGAGUUUCCCGAGGCGCGUAUCUUCGAGGAAACGCUGAACAUUUUGCUGUACGAGAACAAAAACGCUCCCGACCAGGAGCUGAUGCAGGCAACGUCACUCCGCGGUGCCGUCGGUGGCAUCAGCUCGUACACGAGCGACGAGGAGGAGGAGCGUACCGGACUGGCCAGGUUACGCUCGAACAAGCAGAACAACCCCACAUGAUUCACGCAUCAGCUCGUGCUGAAGCAGAAGUUGUUGCCAAAGAGGAACUAGCGCCAGAUGCAGCCGGUUUUCCUUCGCGGACUGACUGCGAUGCUCGCGCGUGCAACGUGAUUCCAGUGUGCGUGUGUCAGUGCGAUUUUUAACUUUGUCGAUUUUAUUGCGACGUUAUGCGGUCAAGCCACGGAAUGUGUAAACGAACAAUAAUAGCUAUGCAUGAAAGUUACAAUAAUCUACUAGCAAGAAUUAUUCGACAAAACAUUCAUUCGAAAGUGUUCCCCACAUAUUCCGGUAAUUUACCGUUCUACCGUGUAGCGUGUGAUCGGAUAGUGGAAAGGGAUUUCAAGAUAAGCCUACCGGUACCAGAUGGAGCUGAUGGAAACUACCACUAGAAUCGCCAAUAAUCGAUAAGGAGCGCGCGGUCCCAUACAUUGCCGUACUUCACGAACGAGUCCCCUGUUCAAUGAAUAUGUACUUCUUCAUAAUAUAGAUGUUUUUACCUUUAUAUCUCUAUAUCUGUCUAAGGCUAUGCAGGGAUUAUGGGUCGGUGGAAUUCAAUAGCUUCGCGUAUGGGUUCCAACGGCAAUGAACAUUGCUCCUCUUCCCACCAAGGACUGAAUGCGUAGGCGAGCAGUUGAUCAAUAAAUAGGUAACAAUAAUUCAGUAGGAUACUGGUUGAACAUUGCAAUCGGAUCUAAAUAUAGUCAAAACUAAAUAAACUAUGUA